AUGGCCAGCAUGGCUAUUCAGUUACUGGGCUUCUUCCUGAGUCUUCUCGGUCUUGCUGGGACAAUAACUGCGACCAUCCUGCCUCACUGGUGGAGAACAGCCCACGUGGGGACCAACAUCAUCACGGCUGUAGCGUACAUGAAGGGUCUCUGGAUGGAAUGCGUUUGGCACAGCACUGGCAUCUAUCAGUGCCAGCUUCACCACUCUCCUCUGGCUUUGCCUCGUGACCUCCAAGCAGCCCGUGCCAUGAUGGUGAUUUCCUGUGUUCUUUCCACCUUGGCCUGCGUGGUUGCUGUUUUUGGCAUGGAGUGCACCAGGUGCGUCAAAGGGUCCUCUGCCAAAAACGUGUUUGCUGUCUUGGGCGGAGUCCUUUUCAUACUGGCGGGGUUCGUGUGCCUCGUCCCGGUUUCUUGGUCAACCAAUCAUGUGGUAACUGAUUUCUACAAUCCAAUGCUGCCCAAUGGGAUGAAGUAUGAGAUCGGGCAAGCCCUUUACCUUGGCUUCGUUUGUGCUUCAUUGAGUAUCAUUGGUGGAACCAUCCUCUGCGUUUCAUGUCAACGUACUGGGAACGAUUUAACCUACCGCUCACAGCCGAGGAGUACAAGGGCAGCUCCAGCCUACAGACCCCCAGUGGCCUACAAGGCAAACCACACCUCAUCACUAACUUCUGCUUCUCACAGUGGUUACAGGUUAAAUGACUAUGUGUAA